GUAUCGAUUUUGGAUGGUAGAAUUAAGUUUUGACAUUAGUAGUAGCUAAGAGUAUUUAGUUUUGACUACGCGAAACUCGGAUCCAAUGCUGCCAAUUAACCAGUAACUCACCGGCAAAUUCUCCGAUCAACAAUUACUUUGUACGUACUACUAAUCAAACAUAAACAUCUCCACUCCCCAAAUCUUCAAAAUAGUGAUGCAAAUCAAAUCCAUCGUGAGAAGAUGACGAUGAUGAUGAUGUCAGCAUCGAGAUUGAAUAAUUCAACCUUCUCCAGGUUCCUCCGCCCGGCCGCCGGAGCUGCUGGCCGGCUGAGGGUUCCUCCGAUCACUCCCUCCUCGCCUUCCCCUUCUUAUUAUUAUUCUUCUAAACAAGAUGAAGAAGAGAGAGAAAAACAAUCCGGCAAGAAAUUCAAAGAAAGGUUAAGCGACGUCAAGACUGCGGCCAAAUUCGUCAAAGAUGUCGCCAAUUCUGAAACUGAUUCUUACAAAAUGGACAAAGACACGAAGGAAACAAUCACCAAGGUGAAAGAGGCAGCUGAGACGGUUAAAGAAGGAGUGAAUGAUGUGAAGAAGACCACCAAAAUUGUGCGCAAUAUUGCCUCUUCUACUGCUGACACGGUGAAGAAACUGGCAAAAGACGCCACAGACAAAGUAUCAAACUCGGCGAUCCAGGCAACCACCGAAAUUGUUAAGGACAAAGUUAAGGGCAAAUUUGAUUGAGUUUCCAUCUCAAAGUAUACACUUACGUGUCAUGAUCAUGGACCUAUUUGUCCAUUAUUAUGUUCCAUUGAAGGAUUAGUUGUGUUUUAAUCUUACUUGUAGGAGGUCAAAUCCUAGUUGAUCAUGUAAAGGUUUUCAGCCUUAUAAACAAAACAAAACAAAAAUAGCCUAAGAAUCCCUAAGAAAAAUACUCAUUGAUAAUUAGUGUUUGUAAAAAGCUUAAAGUACCAGCAAUUUGAUCAGGAAAAUUUCAUAGAUUAGUAAGUGAUUUUUUGACUAUAUGAAACAGUUGAAUCAUGGUUAAACCACGAUUUUAACAUAAAAUGUCCGGUCGUUAGACUUUUUCAAUACAACCUCAAUUACGAUUUUGUAACCUUGGUGAUGAUAUAGAGUGGGAACUAUUGCCUUGUACUUAAAAAGGCUAUCUACAACGCAUGGAAAUUUGGACUUCUGUAUGGUAGAGCUAUAGAUUCAGCCCAUUUUUCUAUGAAAAUAAACGUAGUGGUAUGAACUUCAUUUAUUUUUCGCCCAAUGCCUAAAAUUGAUCAACUUAGUGCUCGUUUGCUUGUUAGAUUUGAAAAUUAAGGUUUUCAGUUUUA